AUGCAGCCACCACCUCGGAAAGGUAAUUAUGUAAAAUUCCUGAAAAAUUUGCAUUCAGAGCAAAUUGCCAAACUCCAAGCCAAAAAUCAACAUGAAUGCGAUCUGCUGGAGGACAUCAGGCAGUACACUUUGAAAAAAUCAGCAAUCGAAAAGUCUUAUUCGGAAGCUUUGCUUAAAAUAUCAUCAGGAUAUCUGAAUAAGAAGAUUCCUAACAUCCCUGAUAUCAAAAUCGAUGGCAGUGAGGAGAAAUGGAAUAUGUGGAGUGUCUGGCGUACAGUGUUGGAAGAAAACGAAAAACUUGCCAGAGCACGCCUGGCAGCCGUGGAAGUAUUCCAGCAACAAAUAGCAGACGAGGCAAAAGUUCUAAGAACGCGAAAAGUAUCAUCCUCUAGAAAGACUCUCGAUCAGUUAGCAACAGUACAAAAAGAACUACAGAUUUGUGUCCAAGACGUGGACAAAACUAAAAAGCUAUACUUUGAGGAGGAACACAGCGCGCACGACGUCCGUGACAAAGCCAAAGACAUUGAAGAGAAACUGAAAAAGAAAAAAGGAUCGUUUUUCCAAUCCAUAACGUCAUUACAGAAAAACAGUGCUCGGGUUUCAAGUCGGAGAGAUCAACUCGAGGAGAAAAGUUCAGGAGAGAAUGAUUAUUUGUUAAGUUUGGCUGCUGCCAACGCGCACCAGACGAGAUACUUUGUGGUGGACCUGCAGACUGCCAUGACAGGGAUGGAGGAUUACGUCUACGAACGUGUAGCCGAAUACUUGACCCUAAUGGGCCGAACAGAGCUUCUGACUUGCAGUGCGACCCAGAAUUCAUACGGCAAGAUUCGUGAUCAAGCUCAACAGUUGACCAGAGAAUAUAAUAUACAAUGUUGCUAUCUUUACUAUCCUGUACUCAAACAGCACAUUCAAUACGAUUUUGAGCCUUGUGAUAAUGAUCCUAUUGAUAAAGUCACCAUAGAUCAUGAAUCAGCUGCCCAGACCUUGAGCAGAGAAGCUAAAAGAUGGGCAACUAGAAUAGCGAGGGAGAAUAACGCUAUUAAAGAAAAUACUAGGCGAAUGCAGGUUUGUAUAGCUUUACGAGAAUCAGGCCAACGUGCAGAUCCUGCCGAUCCCAACGGUCCUGAUUUAGAAUGCAAGGCUGAAGAACUGCGUCAACAGGUUAGGCGCAGUGAAACAGCAAAAGUCAAAGCCCAAGCGCGUCUAGACUGCCUCAGGGCUGGUGGAAUUGCUAUCGAUGAAUGGAUUAAGGAAGCUAAUGAGACUCUAGACGUACAGCAACAGGAUGUUCAACGAUCAUCUUCCUCCUUGUCACUGCGCACUGAUGCAUCGGGACAUGACCAGCCGUCAUCUGAUUCUUUUUACGAUAGUGACACAGAUCAUGCAGAACCAGCUGCAGCAGCAAAUGUGUCAAAAACGAGCGAAUCCGAUUCGCACGGACGAUACAGUCCAGAAGACCAAGAUGAUAUUUCUUCCAUGCAGGACGCCGAGGUAGACGGUGAGUGGGCAAUGCUGGAGCAAGAACGGCAACGAAUAGAACAAUUGACAGCAGGAUGGGAUGAUCCUACUCAAGUUGACUGGGGAGCCAUGGAUUCGUCUGCAGGAAUCGAGACCACCGCUGCUCCAUUACCCACAGGACCAACUUACAAAUGUACUGCCCUAUAUUCCUACACCGCUCAAAAUCCUGAUGAGUUAAGUAUAGUAGAAAGUGAGCAAUUAGAAGUUGUCGGUGAAGGCGACGGAGAUGGCUGGCUGAGAGCAAGAAAUUAUCGUGGUGAAGAAGGAUUCGUCCCACACAACUAUUUGGACGUGGAGCGAGAUCAACCAACAAAUCAAGAAAUGAUGGCACAAAACGAUAAUGACAGGGACGCCACACACGGUCUGCAGCAACAAAUAUCAUUUUCAUCGGUGGAUUAUACAAUAGCAGAACAGGAUCAUGAUACUUGCCAGGAAUCGUCGCAAACGCAAUCACCCGAUCAAGUGUCGGUGAUAUCAGCACCUGGUGCACAAAAACCAAAGCCUCAAAUUGAAUAUUGUUGCGCCAUGUACGACUAUGAUGCUGCAGCUGAUGAUGAGUUGACAUUUGAGGAAGGACAGAUUAUAAAAAUUUUAACAAAAAGCGCCCAUGGCGUGGACGACGGUUGGUGGGAGGGUGAAUUGGAUGGCCAAAAGGGUUAUUUCCCAUCCCUGGUAGUAGAGUUAUGCGACGAAAAUGGCGAAUUGUUUUCCGAAGAAGAGGAAGAAGAAGAACAUGAGUCACCUGAUGCACCAGCUCCUGCACCACCGGCGUGUGCCCCACCGAAAGGACCGGCUGAUAAAAACUUUUUGUUUGAUGGAAUCGUUGCUGAUAUAACUGUCACACAACCCACACCUUGUACGGAGAGACCAGCUGCUGAUGAUUUCCAAGAAGAAAGUGCUCGCAUGUCAACCACUGGAGAAGCAGUGAUCUUAGACAAUAAACGCACCACGGCGCCUGCAGCAGGUGAGACCCAAGGUUUCUCUUUGGACCUUUCCAAAGGCCAACAAUCUCAAUACAAGAAACAGUUUCAAGAUAAAGUGGACAUACCUUGUCUUCUGAUAGAAGAUGAAGACCGAAACGAUAUAACUGGCGACCACGCUGAUGAUGAAAGCAAUUUCGCCCGAAAUUUUGCGCAAAUCGUCAUCACAGCAGCCACACCCAUGGUUGAAGACCCUGAAAAGAAGUUUCCACCCGUCGAAGAAGACGCAAAGGAAUCAGAAACACAAGAAAAACCGGAUAAAGAUAAGAAAGAACCCAUCGAGUUGGAUAAACACACCGAACAGACUACCCUAGAGCAAAAGACCGAGGAGGACGUCGAACCAAAGGUGGAAGACGACGAAAUAUCCACUGCUGACGAUCAGCCGGCCGAUUGUGGACCUUUUCCGGUGAGUAGUAGUUCCGCUAGCGAAGGCGAGUCUACCGGUCCUAGUACUGCUGAAAAUUCGCAACAGCAGGAUCAAGAAGCUGAUCCUAGUACUCCAAAACAGGUAGUCGGAGGCAGGGCAAGCAUACCUGAUGAACUAGCACCUCACCAGUUGGCGAGAUUACAAAAUUUGAAAGAAUCCAAUGCAUAA